AUGAGCGAUAGUGAAUCAGAAUAUGCCAAUCUAUCGCAAAAUGGUUCCGAAGAAAGUGAUAGUAAAAUUGAAAUUGAAUCCGAGGAAAGCGACGAUAACGCCAAUUUGGAUUUAGCGGGAAAUUGGUAUGUUAUUACCAAUCAGUUCGUCCCUGCACCACCAAGAUAUCCAUUUAUUGGAGCUCCUGGCUGCACUUUUGCACCGCCAGAACAGCUUGAUGUUUUUUUUUAUUAUCAAUUAUUUUUUGAUGAUUCUCUGAUCAACCACAUUGUUACGGAAACGAAUAAAUUUGCGCAACAGCAGCGAGGACUAGCGUCAAGAUCAUGGUCGCCAGUUACUUUUGAAGAAAUGCACGUUUUUCUUGCAAUGACAAUUCUUCAAGGAAUUGUAAUCAAACCAGAGGAAAGAAUGUACUGGACAACUUCGGAAUUGUUUGAAACACCCAUCUUCUCGAAGCUAUUCCCUUACAGAAGAAAAGGGCUCGAUUUGGAAUCAAACUCUAUUGUCUAUGCGAGUCAAAGUCUGGAUAUUUAUACUCCAGUAUAA